AUAAAUACUUAUUUACUAUAUAUUAAAUUAUUAUAUAUUUUGAUUUGUCAGAUCUUGACCUAGUAUUAAUUUAAUAAUUUAUUAAUUAUAGUCCAGUAAAUAAGUGAACAUCUAGAAUCUAAAUACUUUUUUUAUAGACUAUAACUAUUGACAGCAUAGAUUCUAAUUACCAGACUCUACAAGAUUCUAGACUCAAACUCUAGACUAGCUGUAGCUAAAUUUAGUAUCACAGUAUGACUAGAUCUAGAUUCUAGCUGGCUUAUUUUAGUUACAAGUUUCUAAUCUAGAUCAAUAGUAGCUAGACUUUGGGAUUACCUAGUCCAGGGUGGCUGCCUGGUCAUGCGGUAGGCGCAUUGGAAUGUCUCUCAGACUUGUCGAUGGUUCAGGGUUCGUAUCCAGCCAGCUGCCAUCUCCCAUUGUCCUGCGGGAUGUUCGGACUAGGAAGUAGAUUAUCUACAAUUCUGAAGGCAUCCAAAACAUGUCAGGUCAGGUGCACAUUAAAGCUGGGUGGACUCAGAAGCUCCCAAAGAUCUUGAAAUUAAAAAUCCCAGUCUUCACCAGGACUCGAACCCAAGACCUCCAGUUCAGAAGCCAAGCACUUUACCUCUCAGCCACCAUACCUCCACUAUUAAUAUAAGUUUGAACCAACUCAGAGAACAUGGCUGCUUCGUACCUAGUGCUUGCCUCUCUGAUGUGUUUUAUGAUCAAGAUGACAUCUCAAAAUCCUACCAAUGGACCUUUGGUCACCAAUUCAAGAGAGCAUACUACCUCAAUACCAACUUGGCAUGAACAUGUGCACAAGAACAAUGAAAGCUCAAUAAUUGUCUUUAAUGUCACUCUGGAAGCAGUGACCAGGGAGGAAAGUCUGUACUUUAUAAAGGAACUAUUUACUACAUAUGGGAAUUCAGACUCAAUAAAGCUGAGUGAUUUAGCAUCUCUGCUGUACCAUCUUGGUCUUGGGCAUAGAAAAGAUGACAACCUCAAAGAUCAUGAUCAUACCAGACGCAGGAAGUCUGUUGCCAACACACAUGUCCAUACUCAUCAUAAAGAAUGUCAAAACGUCACUCAACUUCUAGAUGCUUUCCACAUGAGCACAAAAACGAAAAUCUCAGUGGACGAGUUUACAUACCUGUGUCCUGCUCUGAUUCACCAGUUAGUCUCUAAUGCUUGUCACCCUCAUGAUCACAAUGAUGAUAAAAGUCUCCACUUAUCCCACUCGCAUCAAGAAGCUAAAUCAGAACAUGAGCAUGACCUUCAGAACACCAUAGAAAAGCUAAACAUAACUGAAAUUCCUGCUAAAGUCUGGGGCUACAGUGUCAUAGCAGUGGUCAUCAUUAGCCUUGUAGGACUUCUUGGUGUGGCAGUUAUACCCAUCAUGCAAAAAGUGUUUUAUAAUCACCUGCUGCAGUUCCUGGUUGCUCUAGCCAUUGGUGCCUUGACGGGGGAUGCCCUUCUACAUUUGUUGCCUCACGCAAUAAUAGAAUCAUCCAGCCAUGAACAUGAUCAUGAUACUAACAAGACUGAAGAACACGAUCACUCAGCAGCAGCCUGGAAAGGGUUAACGGCUCUGGGUGGAAUUUUAUUCUUCUUUGUUGCAGAAAGAUUACUUACUAUCAUAACUGUUAUCAAAAGAAACAAAAACUCUACAAAACAAGAAAAGAAGAAGAGAUGUGAGAAAUUUUGUGACAAAGAAAGUAAUAAGGCUUCAGUUGGGUCCAAGCUGACCAACAGACAAAGUAGCCAGGAUGAAUGUGAUCAGAUGGUUAUGCUAGUACACCCCAAUAAAGAUGUUUUGAAUGAUACCACAGCUUAUGCACUUAAGAGCUAUGCAGAUGCAGCUCAUGAUGAGUUUCUGCACCAGUGUGACGAAGAGAUGGCAUCCCAUCCAAUCCAAGCCAGUGCCACCACAAAGGAUGAUGAAGCAAAUUUGGAACUGAUGGAGGUCUCUAAAUCCAAUGUUGAUUUUGUCCUCCCUGCUAAGGGUCACUCACAUGGCCAUGGUCAUGCACAUGCUGUACCUAAUUCUGUAGCAGCUGUAGCCUGGAUGGUAAUUCUUGGUGAUGGCAUUCAUAACUUUAGUGAUGGUCUAGCAAUAGGUGCUGCAUUUGCGAAUAGUAUAACUGGUGGAAUUAGCACAUCAAUAGCUGUCUUCUGUCAUGAGUUACCACAUGAAAUAGGUGACUUUGCUGUAUUACUGCGGGCAGGAAUGAGUAUCAAACAAGCUGUUUUAUACAAUUGUUUAUCUUCACUACUUUGCCUUAUUGGCAUGCUCAUUGGAGUCGCUAUAGGAAAUAUAUCCUCUGCCUCUCAAUGGAUAUUUGCCCUUGUAGGUGGAAUGUUUUUAUACAUCGCCCUUGUAGACAUGUUGCCUGAGAUGAGUUCAGUGGACCCCAAAAAAGGAGAAAAUCCAUUUCUUCAUCUUUCAUUACAAGUCUUAGGUAUCUUGCUUGGCUCAGGAAUCAUGUUGCUCAUUGCUGUAUUUGAAAAUUCUAUCAAGAAAGCAUUGAAUUAAUUUUUGACCCCACCACUUGAUUGAUCUGUCAUAUUUGAUUUAAGAAAUAUUUUGUUACGUACUUUUGCAUUUGUAAAAAAAAUAUUUUUUGAUUACUUCUAUUUUGUUGUAUACUUUAUUUCGCUGUAAGAAGAGGCCAUUAAAAGUUUCAUUAUACUGCUUAGUCAAAUACUUUCCUCUAUUCCUUUUUUUUUUCUAAACCUUUACAUGUUUUUUUUUUAAAGUUAUUGACACUUUGAAGUUCUAAUAUGUUGUACUGUGCUGUACAGCUGAUCUUUAGUAAGUUAAUAUUGUUUUCCUUUUUUUUUCCUUAAUUCUUCAAACAAAAAAUAUGUUUUGUUUUGUUAUGCUUCCAAGUCAUUGAUCGAUUUGCAUAAACUUUAUAUGACUCAAUGCCUAUUUUUGAAAAUAUUGUAUUUAGUUAAGUUUUUCUUAACUAUGUUAAAAAUUAUAAAAACAAAUCUGACAAGCAACUAUUUUUACAUUGAUUGAGACUUUGGCUCAGGUAUUUUGAUAACAAUUAGAAUAAUUUAUAGCUAGAAGUAGAUCAGAAAAUUCUGCCUUGCCACAUGAUAUAAUGCACUCUUCCUCAGUCUAGGGACUCGAAGAUGCCUUAUUGCUAGACUAUAACCUCUGCUGACUUUUGUAAUAUUUUAUGAGCCAUCGUUACAUAUUUUAUUGUCUAGUCAAAUGGUUUAUGAACUAUAUAAAAGUAAGUUAGGUUUUUUUUAUGCCAGCAAGUUAAGGUCUCAUAGUAAGUUCCAUAGAAUGGAGUUUAAUAAAAAAAAUCUUUUUUGUACAUAAAGAUUUUAUUCUACGUUUAGCUGAGUUGUUUUUUUUUUAUAUGAUGUUCUUUAAGUUUAACUGGUCAAUAAGAGCACAAAGAAAUUAUUUCUCAAUCUGUUUAUUUAUAUUAGUUAGAAAACCUUUUGUUAUAUAUAAUAGAUAUAUGCAUUUGCCUUUUUAGUUUAUUUCCCCGAGGCCUUGUCAUCACAUCCUAAGAAUAAUCAAAGUAGAUUUGGAAAACAUAUCUUGUUCACCUUAUUUAAAUAUAAGUAAUAUUAAUUUAUUGGCAUAUUGAUUUGUAAUAGUCUACUUCAGAGCGCCUUUCAAGAUGGCAUCACAGCAAGUCCUAUAUAAAUUAUAUGGUAUAUAUAUAUAUAUAUAUAUAUAUAUAUAUAUAUAUAUGCGACCAAAAAAACUUUUAUAUUAUAUUGGAAUCUCAGUUACUUUGAAUGUUUUGUAAAUCUUGAAUGAUCCUUGUUUAACGGGAAAUGGCUUCCUGGUCAUGUGGUAUGCGCUCUGGGCUGUUGACUUUAUGGUCUCAGGAUCAAACUCUUCUUGCUUCCAUCCCUCCUGGCUGUUCUGCAAGAGCUCUAAGCUAGUAAAUAAUCAUCUUCAAAUCUGAAUGAAAGUCUGAAAUGUGUUAAACAAACAAAAAUAUUUUUAUAUUAAAUAAAAGAUAUUUGGUACAAUUAACUAUCUGACAUUCUUAUGAUUUGAUUGUUCAGAUUUGUACACAUUUUGCUUUAUAACUUAUCUGCUUUAAACAAAAUUAAUGUUUUGCAAAACUUUUUUAAGAUUUAAUUAUAAUGUUUGUUGUAAAUGUAUUGAAAAAUUUAGUUCCAUAAUGUCACAACUUAACUGUUUAUAGAAUUUAUAUCAGUAGUCUUUGCCUCAAAAUGUACUAACCUAAAUAAGGUGUAAAUGGGUAUAUAGAUCAUUAUGUAGAACUUUUGGCUUGAUGAAAGAAAAAUAAAUCAUUCCAGGGCAUCCAGCUCAGAUUGUAUAAAUGAUGAUCUUCAUCGAUGACAUGUUAGUUUAAAUCCUUUGGUACAGUUCAAUAAACAGUGUAAGUGUUGAUCAUUUGUGAACACUAUAAAUCUUGGGUGUAGUAUAAUAAACGUCUAUACUAACUUUGCUUUAUUGCUGAGCUUCAAAUGUAUUCCAGAAUUAACACUUUGCAAGCAUGUUUGUGUUUGUUGAUAUCAUGAAGAUUUCUAAAUAAUUUAUUGCCAAAUAUUUAAUGUAAAAAAAACAAACAAACAUUAACAUAUCUACCAACUAAAAAUGUCUUUUUUGUGGUAUAUGGUGAUCUUUAUGUUGUUGCAUUAUGGAGCAAUUUAUAAUACUUUACACAGUCUGUUUGAGUCUUGUUAAAAUCAAUUUGCCUGCAGUUGCUAAAACUACUUAAGGAUUUCAUUUGGACUUGUUGACCAUGGAAUGUUAGGGAGAUUACUAAACAGUAAAAAUCUGGGCUGCUGGUGAUAGAGGAACACUAGCCUAGUUAUCCUUAUGUACUGUGGUACUAGUUAUGGUCAACCCAUAAAUCAAUAAGCUAUUUAUUUAUCUCAUCUUUAUUUAUUUCAUCACACCGCCUGUCACUUUACAUGGCAUUGUCAAUGUUAUGUUACAAUGGACCCCUUGUCAAUAAAUAUGAUUUUAUCUUAUCCUGAGUGAGCUGGAAGCAUUGUUUAGUAUUACUUAUGUUUAUUUGUUUCUAAUUCAAGAAUGGAUUAAAACCGUCAUAUUUUGCUUUUUUUUCUGUAUUUAUAAAAUCCCAAAUUUUUUUUUAAUGAUGUAAAUUUAAGAAAUAAAAUACUGAGCUGUAAAUGUUAUGAUAAAUUGAUAUUAUUUUGUUUUGUAUUUGUUUUGUAUGUCAGAUUGGAAAUCCACAUAGCCAAUUCUGUUGGAGCUUUGUUUUAAAACUUUUUUUUUUUGUAUAAGUAUUUGUUGAUAUUGUCAGUACUGCAAUCAGGGCUGGAUUUAAGUUGGUGGAGACCUAGGACAGGCUUUUUGUGUGUGUGUGUGGGGGGGUCUAUAUCUUUUAAUGAAGACUAUAAUGAAAAGGAACUCAAUUAAUGCUAAGGUAAUUAAAACACAAAGAGUACAUGUACAUUUAAUUGAAUUGUUUUUCUUUUUUAGUAUAUAGAAUAGAAUUUUUAUAUUUUUUUUAGUUUGUGCAGUUUGAGGGUAAGGCCUUGGGUGGCUGUACUGCUAUAAAUCCAGCCCUGACUGCUAUCAGUGUAUUAUUUCAUAAAGCAAAUAUAAUGCAAAUGAAUGGUUGGAUGAUGAAUGUAACUCCAGAAGAAUACAGAGAAUUUAUGCUGCCCAACCAUUUAAUAUAGUGCAGUUUUUUUUUUGGGUGUUCUAAGAAUAUUAAAGACUGCCCUUAGAGUGAUUAUACAAAUCUUCCAUCAAAUUUAGUGAUCUGAUAGUCUGGGCCUUAACUGUUGCACUACUAUUUCCUUUUGAUUUUGCCAUAAGCACUUUCUCAUUGGUGGAGGCAAAGCUAAAAUGGUUCAAGGGCUUCAUCUGUGACAAUAGUAAUAUAGGUUUGGAUUGUAUCCUUAAAAAAUCUGGGGCUUCUUUUUUUGUUUGCACCAUAUCUUAUGAUGAUGUACAUAUAUGCCAUAGAUGAAGAUAUGUUUAUUUUUGUACUACUAUAUUUUAGACAUUUGCUUAUUUUAAUUGGGCUUAUGGAAGUAUACUUUAUAUUUGUUUUCUUCAGUAACAUUAGAGGUCAAAUAAGUAGUACCACUUCAGGGUCUCUGUCCAGGGCUUUUGGAAUGGAGAGUUUCAAGCCCACACUCCCUUGGAGUUUGAUCAUGACUAUCUAGUACUGUGUCUGAUAGGAACUGUGCAUGUAUAGGCAGUUCCCACGUAGAGUUUUUCUUAGAGAAUUAUUGGAGCCAUAGUGUUCAUUUAUUAAUUGACUUUUCUGUUGAGAAAUAACCUGAAAGAAUUAUGUUAACUUGUUCUUGAUUGAUACCAAAGAAUAUGUUCAUGAACUGCUGUGUUUGAUUCUAUGAGCUGAAACCUUCACAAGGGCAAUUAGUAGUUAGCACUAUGAUAUUUGUUGUACCUAAGUUUUGGCAUGAACUGCAAAAUAAAACUAUUAAAGGAUAGUUGAGUCAUCAAAAUUGAAAAUGUAAAAAAAUAUAUAUUUUAAAUACAUUUUCAAAAAGACGGUCAUUUGAAGAUUGCUUGAUUCAUUGAUUCUAUGAAAAUAAUGUUGUUAAUAUUUGUAAUUUAGUUUGCUUAAAGUGUAGGUAUGGUUCACACCAAUAAAUCAUUUAUAAUUUGAACAGUAACUCUACAAUGUAUAUUGUGAAGACAUUGUUUAUCUUCUAGUAAUCUGUGUAUAUACUAGUUUAUAAUGUGUUACAACCCAACAUGUUGUUCAUUACUAAAUGUUUUCUUUCUUGUAAACAAAACAUUUCAUUGACUUUUGGUAAAUGGCGUUUUUGUUUGAUUUCAGUUUCCCUCCAUUGUUUCUGUUCACACACCUGGAAUGGUUGAAUACAAAAUAUUUGAAACUUUG